CGCAGGCAGAGGUGAGGUGGGAGGAGAAAGAGGGAGGAGGAGGAAAGCGGGCUGGGUUGGGGGCGGGGAGGUGGCGGCGGUAUGCCCCUCCCCUGGCUUGCCAGGGACAGCAGAAACUUGUGCGUCGCAUGGGCAGCAGGGGAAAGGGGCAGAAAAAGGCACAAGCAGCCUGUUGCAGCAUGGGCAAGAGUGAGGGCUGUACAGCUGCUAGAAACUGCUCUGCGGGGAGGCCUGGGAUUUUGUGCACAGGCGCGCAGCCGCGCACCUUAGAGGGAACAUGUAACCGCAUACUUUGCUUCCCAUUGAAGAUUUAAGCAGUCUCGGGCAACAAUCAUUAACCGUAACACUGUCAGCCACAGUGCCAGAAUCCACAGAGGAUAUCCUCUUGAAAGGGUUCUCUGCUUUGGGUAUGGAGAAUGAAAGAAUUGAAACAGCACAGCAGUUUUUCUCAUGGUUUGCUCAGCUCCAUACCCAGAUGGAUCAAGAUGAGGAGACUAAGUACAGGCAGGCAAGGGCUUAUCUGUCUGGAUUUGAAGAGCAGUGUGAUGCUAUAUUGAAUGAUGUUAACAGUGCUCUUCAGCACCUGGAGUCAUUACAGAAGCAAUAUCUCUUUGUCUCAACCAAAACAGGAACGUUGCAUGAAGCCUGUGAACAGCUAUUGAAAGAGCAGUCAGAAUUUGUGGACCUGGCAGAAAAUAUCCAGCAGAAAUUGUCCUAUUUUAAUGAACUGGAAAAUAUUAACACAAAACUGAAUUCUCCUACAUUGUCUGUCAACAGUGAAGGUUUCAUCCCUAUGCUGGCUAAACUAGAUGAUUGUAUUGCAUAUAUUUCAUCACAUCCAAGCUUUAGAGAUUAUCCUGUAUAUUUGACAAAGUUUAAACAAUGCCUAUCUAAAGCUAUGCAUCUCAUGAAAACAUAUACUGUGAAUACACUACAGAACCUCACAAACCAGUUAACUAAAAGGGACCCUUCUGUUGUGCCAAAUUCAGACAAUGCCUUCACAUUAUUUUAUGUAAAGUUCAGAACUGCGGCUCCCAAAGUGAGAACCAUUAUUGAACAAAUAGAACAGCGAGCUGAGAAAAUGCCAGAGUACCAGCAACUGCUAAAUGAAAUCCAUCAAUGUUACCUUGAUCAGAGGGAGCACUUACUGGGUCCUAGUAUUACUAGUACUGUAACAGAAUUAACUAAUCGGAACAACAGAGAUCAUUGUGCUCUGAUACGAAGUGGCUGUGCCUUUAUGGUCCAUGUGUGCCAGGAUGAACAUCAGCUGUACAAUGAGUUCUUCACAAAACCAACACCAAAACUGGAUGAACGUCUGGAGAAAUUGUGUCUGUCAUUAAACGAUGUCUUCAGGCCAUUGAUCAUCCAUGUAAUCCACUUAGAAACUUUGUCAGAGCUCUGUGGGAUUCUCAAAAAUGAAAUGCUUGAAGAUCAUGUACAAAACAAUGUGGAACAUCUGGCUGCUUUUGCUGCUGUAGUUCAGCAAAUGUUGGAAGAUGUCCAAGAGCGUUUGGUCUACAGGACACACAUCUACAUUCAGACUGACAUUGUAGGGUACAAGCCUGCUCCAGGAGAUCUUGCUUAUCCUGCUAAGUUGGAAAUGAUGGAGCAAAUUGCACAAAGCUUAAAAGAAGAGGAGGAGAAGUUGCCUGCAGAUGCUUCACUCUCUGAUAUGAAGUUGGAAGAUCCAGAGAGCUGCACUGUGGUAAAACUUGAUAUGCUGGAAUCGUCCAAUCCUAGACUUCAUACCACAAUUUCACCUGCAGAUCUCCAUGGAAUGUGGUAUCCCACUGUCAGAAGGACCCUUGUCUGUCUCUCCAAGCUGUACAGAUGUAUUGAUAGGGCAGUGUUCCAAGGAUUGUCACAGGAAGCCUUAUCUGCCUGCAUACAGUCCUUACUAGUAGCUGCAGAUUCCAUUGCCAAAAACAAGACCCAGAUCAAUGGACAACUUUUCUUAAUAAAACACCUUUUGAUUCUUCGUGAACAAAUUGCUCCUUUCCACACUGAAUUCACCAUUAAGGAAAUUUCCCUGGACCUUAAGAGAACUAGAGAUGCUGCAUUUAAAAUCCUGAAUCCUAUGACAGUUCCACAUUUAUUUAGACUAAGUAGCAACAAUUCGCUGAUACAAUUCUUACUGGAGGGCACUCCAGAGAUCAGAGAACAUUAUAUUGACUCUAAGAAGGAUGUAGAUCGGCAUUUGAAGUCCGCCUGUGAGCAGUUCAUUCAACAGCAAACCAAACAGUUUGUAGCACCUCUGGAAGAAUUCCUGACAAAGGUUUCUGCACUGAAGUCAAUGGCUACUCAAGGGGGCCCCAAGUACAACCUCUUACAGCAGCCUUGGGCGCAACCAGCAAAGGUCAAUGACUUGGUGUCUUCAACAUACAAGACAAUAAAAACAAAACUGCCAGCAACACUACGGAGCAUGUCCUUGUAUCUGUCUAAUAAGGAUACUGAGUUCAUUUUGUUCAAGCCAGUUAGGAACAAUAUUCAGCAAGUAUUUCAGAAGCUACAUGCUCUAUUAAAAGAAGAAUUUAGUAAUGAAGAUCUCCAGAUAGUCGCUUGCCCUUCAAUGGAGCAGGUCAAUCUCCUUUUGUCAAUGACCAAAUAGUCUGAUCGUUGAGCUCUGAAAAGCCUCUUUGAAUUUUGCGUGACAAGCAUGACAAAGUCAUAGCAAAGACCGAAGCAAGACAAACUACUUUCUGUGCCAUCCUCUGUCCAAGAUUGCAGUGCUGCUGGUGCAUCUUUUUGCUGAAGCAGAAUAACUGCUGAACAUUCAGUACAAGCUUCAGAUCUUAUUACUGCUGUCACCACCUACCUAGUUACCUAGAAUGAAAAUAUCUGCUGGAAUGAAAAGCUUCUCUCCCUGCCAUCCCCGCUCCCCACCCCCAUUUUCUAUAUAGCAUAUAUCUGCUUUUUCAGGGGAUGUGUUGAAAAUUAUAUUCAAGAACACAAAUUUUAAAUGUCUGGAACUAAGUGUGUUUUUGAACAGAAAGUUAGAUAUGGUUGACCAACAGGAACUUUCCAAAGUAUGUGUACACUCCUUCUACCAAUGCAGUGGAUGCUAGAAAUGGUUUUAUAGGUUCUUCUGUGACCUGGAACUUGUUUCUUGAGGCAGAGUUAUCAUUCUUCAGCCUGACUGUGCCUUAUUUGUCAUAUUCUUGCUUGUGGCAAUGUUACAUUAUGCUUUUUGGUUUGCACCAUGCACUGGUUUGACGUCAUCUGUUUAGAAGCUCAGAUGGCAAGCUUUUAAAGCACAGAAAACAGGAGGCUAGUCGGUACCAAUAGGCAGCCACAGUGAUGGCCACGGAAGAGUUGUGAUGUCCACUGAAUGUGUUGAGUAAUAAAAGCUAACACCUAAUUACGUACUUGAAGAAAAAGUCUUCUUCAUGCUGAAAGAGAGGGUGGGGUAUAUUUAUCUCAUGUCUUAAGUUGCUACAUUUUUAAAAUGGUGGAAGACUUGGGACUUGUGUUAGGAUUUUGCUUUUAUUCCUCAAUACAUUGGAUUUGGACAGAGUAAGUCUCUCUCUCUCUCUCUCUCUCUCUCUCUCUCUCUCUCUCUCUCUCUCUCUCUCUCCCCCCCUCCCUCCGCCCUCUUCUUUUUUCUUUGCUAUGCAUCAUUCAUGUAAAUGUUCAGAGUUACCACAAGCAGCCUACCCUUUGUCAGAGACCAGUGAUACCUACUGAACCAUUAGUAACUUAGGUAAUAGAAGAGCUAUCAAUGCAAAACAAAUCUGUUUUAUGUUGUGAUAUCUUCUGUAGACAUUUUCUUUUAAUAAGGUUUUCCAAGCAGAUGAGUACAUGAUUACUAUAUGAAGUUACGGUGUAUUUUAAUCACAUGUCUUGAGGGGGUUGAAAUCUGGUGACUAAAUCUUUUCACUUCUAAAAUAGAAUAUCUUGAAGAAAAUUACCCAGUAAUCUCAUUAUACAAUGUUUGUGCUAAUUGCAGAGUUGUAUAAAACUGUACAGUUUAUAUUCACAUAUAAAUAUAGUGUACAUAAUUUAAAACAGAUUAUUUGACUAGAGUUCCUGUUUUAAUGUGUGUGUAUUUUUUAAUAAAAGCUUUGCUUUCUUACUCUG